CUUACAUCGAAUUCGUCAGACGAAUCCACUUCCUUAUCUGUCUUCGUAGAUCCCCGAAUCCCAAAGUGGCAUUGCCCGUAAUUUUCCGGCAGAUUCUUAGCUCUUUUAGUAAUUAUACGUUUUACCCCAGCCGUCGCAUUUCACCAUUUCGAUUCUAUAAAUAAACCUUGCCCUAACUUUUACCGAUUCAGCGAUCGAAAAUCAAAUCCGUCUCAAAUUUUCGAUCCGGAAUUCGUUCAAAUCUUUCCCCCUUUUAUUUUUUGUUCAGUUCGAUUCUUUUCCUUUUGCAUUCGUUUUCUCUCUUUCUUUUGAUCCUAAUUUACCCAUUCCUGUGUCUCGAAUUGGAUUUUAGGGUUAGGGUUUUCGAAAUCGAUGAAUUUCAAAAAGGGGUUCUUUGAUCUAUAAACAUUGACCUAGGAUUUUUCUGUUUCUUUAUUCAAUUUCUUCUGGGUCGGUCGAAUUUGUCCGGGUUUUUCAUAAAUAUUGAAACUUUAUAGGGAUUCUUUUAUUCAAAAAUUUCCCUUUGUUUCAUUUAAUUUUUUCCGUGUAAAAUAUUUAAAAUAGUAAAAUUUCUAAUUCUAUACCUUUCAUUUGUUGUUAAUCAGUUCUUAAUUUUUUUAAAAAGUAUAAUUUUCAUUUAUCUAAAAUUUUAAAUUAUUUCCUAUUCCUGGUUCUUUUCAAUUUCUCAGUUGAUUGGUCAACAAAUUCUCAGGCUAAAAUGAUUCAUAAGCGUCCUUUCACUGAUGACUCUCAAGAGGUUGCUUGUAAGCAUCUAAGGCAAUGGGAAGAUACCAGCUGCUUUGCUUCAGUUAUCAACAGUGUUCAUUCCCACAGUGCUCUCCAAAAUCGUCAAAUUCAUGAAGGUAAAUGGGAGGACAUUUACACUAAGUGCCAAGAUGAAGGUAGGUUUGAUGAGGAUCGAUGCAACAAUGUUCUAAGUGGAACAAAUAAGGAAUAUGAAACUAGUGCUUCUGGCUGUGUUCCUCAUUUUUGGUGGGUAAACGGAAAUGGCAUAGAUGCAGAUACUGAGUCAGAGGUGGCAGUUCAUCUUCAACUGUUUCCUGAAUAUUUUGCAUUUGAACACCAAAUUAGGGCUUUUCUUCAAUCUGAUGAGAUUUAUUCAUCUCUUCAUUCUCCUCGAAAGCUAGUUUCUAUUGGACCAGAGCAUCAAGCUGAUAUUCCACAAUGGAGCCAACAGGAUCCGAGGAACUCUUCAGAUUGUCUAGAUACAUCAGAUCCUCAAGCUGCCCUUAAAUCAUCAUGCGCAGACCUUAUGUUUGAUGAUGAUUGUGAGAAGAAGAUAAUGGGUACUUGUGUCAUUCCAAUGUCUGAUUCUGAAGCAACUGCAAAAUUUUGUGAAAAUGCGAGACACAAGAUUGAUUGUGAAUGCCUUGAUCAGGGUUCUAUCAGAUGCAUUAGACAACAUGUGACAGAAGCAAGAGAGAAACUAAGACAGAACCUUGGGCUGGAAAUAUUCAGAGAGUUGGGUUUCUGUGACAUGGGGGAGGAAGUUGCAAAAAGAUGGACUGACGAGGAAGAGCUGGCAUUUCAUAAUGUGGUCCUCUCUAACCCUGUGUCGAACGGUAAGAACUUCUGGGAUCAUCUCCCAGCAGUUUUCCCUUCCCGUACAAAGAAGGACAUUGUCAGUUAUUAUUUUAAUGUAUUUAUGCUCAGAAAACGUGCUGAGCAGAACCGAGUUGACCCUGUACAUAUUGAUAGUGAUGAUGAUGAGUGGCAGACAACUGAGUGUGAAAUUCCAGCAGAGGAUGAUGACUCUGUUGUGGAAUCUCCAACUGAUCAAGGAACUUAUACACAUUAUGAAGGCAACCAUGAGGAAGAUUGCUAUGAGGAUAUUGAGAAUGACAAUGAGGAUGGGUUUGAUUCUUCCGAAAAUAUUAUUGAUGAUAUUUGUAGAGAUGCAACUGAUGAAGAAGAGGGAGAUAUAGAUGAAAUUUUAGAGCCACAUGUUGAAAGUUUCGUUGGUAAUUAUGAUAGCAGUGACUUUCAGCUCUCGAGUAAGGUUCAAGGGACUAACAAAGAUGAUUAUGAUAUUCAAGAUGACUCAUGCACAUCAUAUGAGUACCAGGGGGAGAAGGGUGAUUACUGUGAUCCGCCUGAGACAGUGAUGGAUGCAAAUCAACUCAGUCAAGAGUGAUGUAUUCACUGGUUGCACUCUAUUAAUGGGUUGACAAAAGGAACGAUGGAGAAAAUUUAGGAGCCUUCCAAUCGUAGCACUUGGAUGAUAAUAUAACAGCUGAGGACUUGAUUUCUUCUUUAGCCACGCAAUGUUUGAACAUAUGUGCUUUCCUCCAAGAAAGUUUGAAGAAUGCAAGGCCGGCAUUGGUUUGUGAUAAUAACAUGUCUUUCUGAUUUCUCUUGAAUCUUUCAAAUUCAAGCUGGUUUGAUAGAACUUUCCAGGGUUUGGUGGGAUGGUAAGGAUCCUCUGUUUUGAUUGAAAAUCAGCAGUUCAAAAAUAAGGUUGAUAUAGUUUACAGUGAAAACUUCUGCAUAAAGCAGACGAGAAGAAAUGUGUUGCACAGUAGUUUAUUGGAAGGAGUUUGUCAUCCAUGGGUGCAUCAAAGAAACCGUCAGUUUUUUCCAUCCAAUUUGCAGUCCCUAGUACCAGUAACCCCAAGACAUGAAUCCUGCUCUUUUCCUUCUUCAGGAUUAUCUCUUGGGAAUAAUAUAUAGUACGAGUGGGGACUCGAACAUCAGAAUGGAUCCCAAUAGAAAGGGAUCUCAACUCUUGAAUUUGCUCAUAUUUUUUAAUUUUUUAUUUCGUGGUGUAUUUUUCAAGCAAAGAGGGCUUUGCUGCAAAUGUAAUGAUUUACAAGCUGUGAGAAUAAAUUCCAGUUUUUCUCAUUCA